AUGCACUCCCGUCUCCUUCUCUCUGGUCUUCCUAGGUCUCUGCCUCCCCUCUCGCCUGCCCCUCCCUGCCUUCCCUGUGUCGAGGGGCGGCAGCACGCUGCUCCUCACUCCUCCUCGUUCCCCCCGACAGAGGCUCCCCUGCAGACUCUCCACCUGGACGUGUGGGGCCCAGCCCGCGUCCGUGGACAGGGCCACGAGCGGUACUUUCUGCUGGUUGUCGACGACUACACGCGUUACACCACGGUCUUCCCCUUGCGCCGCAAGGGGGAGGUCCCUGUCCAGUACGCUGCGCAUCAGCUCAACCUCUGGCCCCGUGUCUCCUUGCCGGAGACCUCGCCCACACUGCGUUGGACGGGGGAGGUUGGCGAUGUGUCGGUGUUCCGGGUCUGGGGAUGUCGAGCCUUUUUCCGCGAUACGUCCGCGGACAAGCUCUCCUCCUGCGCUGUUCCCUGUGUCUUCCUUGGCUUUGUCCCUGACGCGCCUGGCUGGCAGUUUUACCACCCCACCUCGCGUCGUAUCCUGCCCUCUCAGGACGUCACGUUUGACGAGUCGGUUCCCUUUUACCGUCUCUUCCCCUACCGCACUGCCCCUCUCCCUCCCCCGCCGCUCUUCCUCGCACCAGACCCUGUUGAGGUAGCUGUCGACUCUGGUGCUGCUAGAGGUGCUACGUCUGGGGGUGCUGCGCCUGCGGGUGCGGGGCCUGGGAGUGCUGAGCUUGAGCGUGCUUAG